CCACGGGAGGAGAACCACAGGAGGAGAACCACAGGAGGAGAACUACGGGAGGAGGACCUCAGGAGGAGGUGCUGUCAGUUCUGUGUCUUUGGAGGAGAAACUAAAGCUGUUCUGCUGGUACCAGUUCUGUUCCUGUUCUGCUGGUACCAGUUCUGCUGGUACCAGUUCUGCUGGUACCAGUUCUGUUCCUGUUCUGCUGGUACCAGUUCUGUACCAGUUCUGCUGUCACUGGUACGUGUUAAAGGGACGCCUGGCUCAGCCGCCGUUCUCCAGGCUGGAAUGGAUCCUGCGGUUCUGCUUGGUUCUGAUGAAGUUCUAGUCGGGGAACAGGCAGUAUUCUGCAAGGAUGCAUCAGUGAGCAUGCUCGUGGUCGUGGUUACCAUGGCGAUUCUCGGUAGCAGCCAGGCCUGCAGCGGUCAGGAGAACUGCUCGGCCGACAGCGAGUCCAAGGAGUACUGCUACUCGGCCCGGAUCCGCAGCACGGUGCUGCAGGGGCUGCCGUUUGGGGGCGUGCCCACCGUGCUGGCGCUCGACUUCAUGUGCUUCCUGGUGCUGCUCUUCGUCUUCUCCAUCCUGCGGAAGGUGGCGUGGGAUUACGGCCGACUGGCGCUGGUUACAGACGCAGACAGAAUGACCAAGCGUUUCAGCGACCUGGAGGAGCAGGAAUACGUUGCGUCUGCGAUGCACUCGGAGACGCCCGAUCGCUACGAACGGCUCACCUCUGUGUCCAGCUCCGUGGACUUUGAACAGCGGGACAAUGGUUUCUGCUCGUGGCUCACGGCCAUUUUCAGAAUAAAAGACGAGGAGAUCAGGGAGAAGUGUGGCGAGGACGCCGUACACUACCUGUCCUUCCAGCGCCACAUCAUCGGCCUGCUGGUGGUGGUUGGCGUCCUGUCCGUCGGCAUCGUCUUGCCCAUCAACUUCUCUGGAGAUCUGCUGGAAAACAACGCCUACAGCUUCGGACGCACCACCAUAGCCAACCUCAAAUCUGGGACAAACCUGCUGUGGCUCCACACCACGUUUGCGUUCAUGUACCUGCUGCUGACCGUCUACAGUAUGAGGAGACACACGUCCAAGAUGCACUACAAGGAGGACGACCUGGUGAAACGCACUUUAUUCAUUAACGGCAUCUCUAAGUAUGCUGAGGAGAGUCAGAUCAAGCAGCACUUUGAGCAGGCCUACGAGAACUGCGUGGUCCUGGAGGCUCGGAUCUGCUACAACGUGGCCAAGCUGAUGGCUCUGAACGCUGAGAGGAAGAAGACGGAGCGCAGCAAGAAGUUCUUCACCGACCUGAUGGCCAAGGAGCACGUCCCCACCAUGAUCAACCCCAAACCCUGCGGACACCUCUGCUGCUGCGCCAUCACCGGCUGCGAGGAGGAGGAGGCGGUCAGCUACUACACCAAGAUGGAGGCAAAGCUGAAGGAGGAAUACAGGAAGGAGAAGGAAAAGGUCCACACCAAACCUCUGGGCAUGGCCUUCGUCACCUUCCAGAACGAGGCCAUGACCGCCAUAAUCCUGAAGGACUUUAACGCCUGCCAGGUGCAGGGCUGCCGCUGUCGUCAGGAGCCCCGCUCUUCUCAGUUCAGUGACGUCCUCCACGUCCAUAACUGGAGCGUUCUGUAUGCGCCCGACCCUCAGAACGUCCGCUGGGAGCACCUGUCGCUGGGCGGUAUUUCCUGGUGGAUCCGCUGCUUCAUCAUCAACUGCAUCCUCUUCAUCUUACUCUUCUUCCUCACCACUCCCGCCAUCAUCAUCUCCACCAUGGACAAGUUCAACGUCACCAAGCCCGUGGAGUACCUGAACAACCCCAUCGUCACGCAGUUCUUCCCGACCCUGCUGCUCUGGGCCUUCUCCGCCUUGCUGCCCACCAUCGUCUACUACUCCGCCUUCUUCGAGGCCCACUGGACCAGGUCAGGAGAGAACAGAACCACCAUGCACAAAUGCUACACCUUCCUGAUCUUCAUGGUUCUGCUGCUACCGUCACUGGGACUCAGCAGUCUGGACGUCUUCUUCCGCUGGUUGUUUGAUAAGAAGUUCCUGGCAGACGCCAAAGUCCGGUUUGAGUGCGUCUUCCUUCCGGAUAACGGAGCUUUCUUUGUGAACUACGUCAUUGCCUCGGCCUUUAUCGGGAACGCCAUGGAUCUGCUGAGGAUUCCUGGUCUUCUGAUGUACAUGAUCCGGCUGUGCCUGGCUCGCUCCGCCGCUGACCGCCGUAACGUGAAGAGGCAUCAGGCCUACGAGUUCCAGUUCGGCGCCGCCUACGCCUGGAUGAUGAACGUCUUCACGGUGGUGAUGGCCUACAGCAUCACCUGCCCCAUCAUUGUCCCUUUUGGUCUGAUGUACAUGCUGCUCAAACACCUGGUGGACAGGUACAACAUGUACUACGCGUACCUGCCCUCCAAACUGGACAAGAAGAUCCACUCUGGCGCCGUCACCCAGGUGGUUGCGGCGCCCAUCCUCUGCCUCUUCUGGCUGCUCUUCUUCUCCACUGUGCGCACAGGUUUUGAGACGCCGACCUCCAUGUUCACCCUGGUGGUGCUGAUCGUCACCAUAGUGGUCUGCCUGUCCCACGUCUGCUUCGGACACUUCAAGUACCUGAGCGCUCACAACUACAAGAUCGACACUAAAGAGAACGACCUGGAGGCUGUGGAAAACGGACGCCCUGCUCGGCCCUCCUCCUCCUCCGUCAGCAAGUCUCAGCAGAAGCAGGCGCAGCAGCAGCAGAUGUACAUCGCACAGGUGCUCCAGGACCCCACCUCAGACGAGGCUGGCGGCGGCAGCAGCGAGGAGGACCGCGGCUCGUCGCAGGACGAGGAGAUGCUGAACGGCGGCAACAGCAUCAACGAGGCGGACUUCCAGUCGGGGGAAGACAGUCUGAUCGCCAACGAGGUCCAUCAGUAGCUGGGGCCGAAAGUGAAGGGAGGGGGGGGAGCUAACCUGGGACACCUGCUCUUCAGUUAGGCAGGCUCGAGACUGAAUAGCAGAAAUUUAGCUCCGCCCCCUCUCUGCCUGUAGAUUUGACCCGACUUUGGACCAUGGCGCCGGGUCGCCGUUGUCCAGUCCUGCGGAGGCACGGACAUUGCUGCCUCCACAGAGUCUUUGUAUGUGACUGCGAAGCCAAGACCUUCUCUCCAGGGUGGGCGGGGCUUACAUUUGUGCCUGGGCUGGACCUCGUCUGUUCGUGUGUUCUGUGGGUCACCUGAACGUGACCGUACGUCUUCACUUCUAAAGGACCCAGCGGCUCCACUGCCGCCAUCGAAUCAUGAAAACAUCACGCCGAUCCCCGUUUCCUGUCACGCCACCGCCUCGCUAACACAGCACAGCCCCUCCCCCGACCCUGUGAGCUCCUCCGUGUCACCUGACAGCCGUUUCUCCGACGACCUGCUGAGCUUCUCUGCAUGUUGCUGAAGCUCCACCUCUGGUGGGGUUGGGCCCACCCAUCUGACUCCCUCCUGAAGCCCGCCACGCAGAAGAGGAGAGAACGUUUCACACCGACUCUUCCAGCAGGUCAGGGAGACCUCCAGGUAGACCUCCAGGUGCCCCUCCCAGGCACCGGGGCUGUCAGGACGCUCAAGAGAAUGUUUCUGGUUUGUCUGAGGUAGUGCACUGAGCGUGUGCAUGUGUGUGUGUGUGCACGUGUGCUGGCUUGCAGGCCGUUCCCGCUGCAGUAGAAGUAGAACCUGGAGUUGCGUUCUGUGAUGUCCUCACAUUCUUAAAGAUUCCACUUUGCUUGGGGCGGGGCCUUUGUGGAGGGGGCGUGGCUUCCGCUUGGGGUUUCCUGCGGCAGGUUCAGGGCUUUUGCGUUUCUCCUGUAGGGGGUGUCACUGUGCUGUUGGGACAUGAAAGAACUGCCUGGUGAUGAGGUAAAACCAAACCCAGAAACAACGAGAGGAAUUCUUCAACAGGUGGAACACUUCUGAAGGUGGAAAAGGGGCGUGGCCAUUUCCUUAGGAGUAAUUAAAUGAUGUAUCAGACGAUGGAUUUCCAGAUAACCGGCUUUUGUGUAGUUUCCGGCAUGUUUGGAAGCACUUGGUCUUUGCUGCUUGAGGACUUUCUAAGACGGGACAAUCUUUGCAGUGACGGUGCAGACCCUCUGCGGGCCACCGGGGGCGCCACUGCGUUUAAAUACUGCUGUUCAGAAACUUGAGCUGCUGCUGGCGUAGACGACGUCCAUCAUCUGUUUUCGGCCCAACGCAGCUCCGCCCUUUCUGGUGGUCUGCUGACUCUGAAGCUCCGCCUCCAACCAGUUUGACGUUGGCGGCUUCCAGCAGCGGUUGGCGAGGCGGCCGUCUGUAUCUGAGCUGCCGACGCUAAGAAUCAAACAUUCCUUUUCCUGCUUGUGGAGCCGUCAGGUUCUGUUCUGAGUUUGAAACCGGGUCGAGACCAGGACAAUUCCAGCACAGAUUGGUUCUGCAGGUUCCUCUGGAGUCAGCAUCCUGCUUCUCUCUGGAGGUGUGGAUGUGGGCGUGUACAGGGGCGUGGUCAUCACCCCACACCUUUAUGUCACUGAGUCAAACAGAGUACCCUGAAGACAUCCUGGACUUUUAGUCAAAUCUAGAAAAAACACAUGUCAGGUGCAUGAUGGGAGUCCUGGCUUUGAUCCACAGGUGGAUCCAGACAGAGAACUGCUCCUCCAGAACCUGAAGGGGGCAGAACUCAUCCGGUCUGGAGAUCUGAUCCUCCUGCUGGCUUUGCUCUUUGCUGCCCCCUGGUGGAGCAGCACACGAAAGCUGUUUGUUCACCUGAUCGUCCUCAGACAGCAGACGGCUGCUGAUGCAGCUACAGAGGUUUCCAUGGAAACGGGAAACUCAGCAGGCUGAGGUCAGCAUCCUCGUUAGCAACGUGAAGUUUUAGGUUUUGCUUUUUUUCUUAAACAAUGUUUACAUCAGUUGUUGCUGUUGUAUUCUGGUCUGCAGUGUGUGUGUGUGUGGGUGAGUGUGCAUGUGUACGUGCACUGACACAAAGCCGGAAUAUGAAGGCUGGAGCCGCUGGUUCCACGCUGGAGAACCUGCAGCAGUUGUGUCGGUGCGGUUCCCUUCGGCCCGGAUGGCGUGUACGUGAAGCAGUUCUGGUUCUGAUGUCAGAACCUGACAGGGAACACCUUCCUGGAGUCCAGAACCAACCUCUGAACAGAUGUAGAGAUGAUCAGACCCAAACAGCGCCGGACCGAAGCCCCGUUCUGGUCCACUGUGGUUCUGUGGAGCUGAGGUGAAGCGGCCGCCGUUUUCAGGACUCAAACUCGUGACUGAAGAAGAUCUGGACAAACACAAGGCUUGUAAAUAGCCAUCAGGCUGCACCGUCACCAUGGAGACCGGCGCCAUGCAGCGCCUCCUUGUGGACUCUGAGCUUCAGUCCAUCGGUUUGUUUCCCCUCUAAGUUAUUGCUGUGUCACUAUUUAUUUUGACUCUCUGUGGGUUCAGUGAGACGUCCGUCUGUUUAUGUUUAUGAUUAAUAAACCCGAUCUCUGACGA